AUGGACUCUAUAUCGGAUGCGGCCGGAUCGAUGGAGCUGAUAACGGCGAGCUAUAAAAGGCCGGGGGGCGGCUGCGGCCGCGCUACAGCUACAGCCCCGAGGUGCCGUGCCGGGAUGGGGCUGCGCCCCGCCGCGCUGGCGCUGCUCGGUCUGGCGGCUGCCGCCGCCUCCGCGCUGCCGCUGCCGCUGCCCGACGCCGGCCCGCACCUCAACUACGGCUGGGGAGAGCCCAUCCGGCUGCGGCACCUCUACACCGCCAGCAAGCACGGGCUCUUCAGCUGCUUCCUGCGCAUCGGCGCCGACGGCAGGGUGGACGCGGCCGGGAGCCAGAGCGCGCAGAGUCUGCUGGAGAUCCGCGCCGUGGCCGUGCGCACCGUGGCCAUCAAGGGCGUGCAGAGCUCCCGGUACCUGUGCAUGGACGAGGCGGGGCGGCUGCACGGGCAGCUCAGGUAUUCCACUGAAGACUGUUCCUUUGAGGAGGAGAUUCGUCCGGACGGCUACAACGUAUAUAAAUCCAAAAAACACGGAAUAUCAGUGUCUUUGAGCAGUGCCAAACAAAGACAGCAGUUCAAGGGGAAAGAUUUCCUUCCCCUGUCUCACUUCUUGCCCAUGAUCAACACGGUGCCUGUGGAGUCAGCAGACUUUGGUGAAUAUGGGGAUUACAGCCAGGCCUUUGAGCCAGAGGUGUUCUCCUCGCCCCUGGAGACGGACAGCAUGGACCCCUUUGGCAUCGCCUCUAAACUGUCCCCAGUGAAGAGCCCCAGCUUCCAGAAGUGA